AUGGGCAACUGCACCAAAACCCCAGGCAGGCGGUUCUCCAAGGAGAAUAAGCAGCCCUCAGAAGCUCCAGGCUCUCCAGCUUCCACCAGCGACCUGGACGAUAUGGUUGAUGGCACACAGUAUCCACCAUUGCAGAGUUACUCAGUGCUGCACGGCUUGGUGGGGCCAGCCUGCAUCUUCUUGCGUCAAAGCAUCGCCAUCACACAGAUCGAUAGAGAUCUGCGACCAGAAGAGAUUGAAGAGCUAAGGGAAGCUUUCCGGGAGUUUGACAAAGACCAUGAUGGCUACAUCAGCUACAAGGACCUGGGAGAAUGCAUGCGAACAAUGGGCUACAUGCCCACCGAGAUGGAACUCAUUGAACUGUCUCAACAGAUUACUGGAGGAAAGGUGGAUUUUGAAGACUUUGUAGACCUGAUGGGCCCCAAGAUGCUGGCAGAAACUGCAGACAUGAUUGGGGUAAAAGAACUGCGGGAUGCCUUCCGGGAGUUCGACACAAAUGGUGAUGGACAGAUCAGUGUAGCUGAGCUGCGAGAAGCCAUGCGGAAACUCUUGGGGCAGCAACUAAAUUACCGUGAGGUAGAUGAGAUCCUCAAGGAUGUUGAUCUGAAUGGAGAUGGUCUUGUGGAUUUUGAAGAAUUUGUACGGAUGAUGUCUCGUUGA